AAUGAUAAGUGAUACGGAUAGUGGAUGUGCGGUUGAAGAGUAUUCUUGGAUUCCACCCGGAUUAACGUCCUCACGAAUUCGACAGUAUAUGAAUUCCCUUCCAGAAGAUAAAAUUCCCUACGUAAAUAGUGUAGGAGAAAAAUAUCGAAUCCGUCAACUACUCUUCCAACUUCCUCCUCACGACAACGCAGCAAGAUAUUGUCAUUCUCUAAGCGCCUAUGAAAAGAAGGAGCUCGACGAGUUCUGCGUUAAAAGAAAAAAUGAAUCUCUGGGCAGAGGUCGUUUACAUGUUCAGGGGAUACCAGCAAAGUGUUUCAAAUGUUUAGACAAUAUAGCAAGGGGUCAGAUAGCUGUGCUUUCUUCCAGAGCUGGUCCAAAUAGUUGUUGGCAUCCUCGGUGUUUUACUUGUUCUACGUGCGGUGAACUUUUAGUUGAUUUAAUUUAUUUUUGGAACGACGGUUUGUUUUGUGGAAGACAUCAUGCUGAAAGUCUGAAACCUCGCUGUUCGGCAUGUGAUGAGAUUAUUUUUGAAGAAGAAUGCAUAGAAGCUGAGGGUAAAAGUUGGCAUCUAAGACACUUUGCUUGUUCUGCUUGCGGAAAGAGUCUUGGAGGUGAGGAAUACGCAACAAAGGACGAAGAACAAUUUUGUAGUGCUUGUUAUAGUGAAAAGUUUACUUGCGACGAAAAGAAGAGUGGAAUUUUAAAAAUAUCUUCCUCACCAGACUUGACAAAACGAUUGAAAAGCGUAAAAUUCAAUGUUCCUAUUCAAAGCUAUGAAUAUUCACCAGCAAAGAAUCUUGACGAUUCGUCAAUCUCUUCUAGUGAUAGUGAAUUUGAAUAUCAAACGUCAAAAAAACCAAUCAAACCUCCUUAUUUACAAAAACCUAAAAAUAACUGUAUCAUAUCAUAA